AUGUUUGUUGGCCAUAGACGCAGCAUUCGACGUGAAAACAAUAACAACGAAAAUCCUGGAGGUGGAAGGAAUAUAUUUUCCCGUUUCUUUCGUUUUCUUUUCGGUUUUGGAGGAAAUAACGGAAUGAAUGAUAAUUAUUACAGAAAUCAACGAUUGCCUAUAUUAGCUACUCCUUUUACAAACCCAACUGGGCCUGCAGGAAAUUAUUAUGGUAAAGCACUUGUAAAGGAGGUUUGA